UUCGUCUGAUAGGAAUGUGCGGUUCAGUUCUCUCCCGCCAAAUAAGUGCAUCGACAGUGAGAAGGCCGGACAAUACCCCGCACCCCUGGCGCCCCGUGGAACGGGUCCCCGCUGCAGUGCCCCUGCCCCGUCGCCGGGCCCCCUCGACUCCAAGACGAACAAGAUGACGAACCUGAACCGCAUCAGGGUCGUCGUCCUGGGCAGCGCCCGCGUCGGCAAGUCCGCCGUGACGGUCCGGUACCUGACGAAGCGUUACAUCGGGGAGUACAGCUCCAACAGCGACUUCCUGUACAGACAUAACGUGACGUUUGAUAAUGUCACGACGGAGGUGGAGAUCUUGGACACGUCGAAGUGCGCGACCACAGGAUGUCUGUACGACCACAUCAGGUGGGGCGAGGCGUUCGUGAUUGUAUACAGCGUCUGCGACCGGAAUAGCUUCAACGACGCCCACGAUUUACUGGACAAACUGGGAAAGCUGAAGCUGCCGUCCUAUUUCACGACCCUGCUGCUGGGCAACAAGAGGGACUUGGACCACUCCAGACAAAUCUGUGUGGACGAUGGACAAGAACUGUCGCUGCAGUAUGGCUGCCAGUUCUACGAAGUUAGUGCUGCGGAGAACUUCGCUGGAGUGUCUCUCGCUUUCCAGUCUCUCCUGAGGGAGGCACGCUCCGUUCAGCUUCUGAGGGCUCUACCCAUCCGGAGGAAGCUCGGAGUCAACAGUGUGUCAAAAGUUCUGGGUAACAUCUUCGGGAAGAAUAACAAGACUGGUGACCGCAAGAAGAGACCGUCUCUCAGCAUCUAGCUGCUGGAUGUGUGAACGUCACGACCUUAUAGAUCUGUCCUGUUAUGUACACUCACUUCAGCGAUUCUUUCACACAUUCUUAAAGAUAUGAAAAGUGUUUGCAAGAUAGCUUAAAGUACUUCCAAACCACGGACAUGAUUUCAGCCGCCACUUAAAUACUUAAAGGAACAGGCCACGAAACGUCCAAUUCAUAUAGGUUUUUGCGAUGGAGGUGGAAGUCAUUGUGAAAGAUACCAUGGUGGAUGAAGUGAAUAACUGUGCCGACAGAUGUUUCCCCAAUUCACCGUCACGGUGACCAUAUAAACUAAGGGUGGCUGUCGAGAUUAACUCUUUACCGAUCAUUAAAGUGCUCUGUAUGUUGUUAAUUUAAAUACGAUUCCUAAAGCUGGUUUUAAACCAUACAGCUUUGUUUUGUGUUGAUGAGUUAUAGGCCUAAAAAGGUUUUCUACAUUCCACUGCUUUAAACAUAGCAGAUGUUUGAUUUGCAUGUUGAUAUGAAUCCAUAUCGAUACAGAAAGAAAUACGUUUUAUUAAAAUAGUGGUGGAUACGAGUUUGUGUACAUUUCUCGAGAGAGAGCGUAAGUAAUAAACGCCUUUGAAUAACCAAUAGAAGUGAAGAAACAAAAUUAAAUUUAAAAGUUAGUUUUCAAGUUCAAAACAAAAUACGACAAACAUGACUAAAAUGUUCCUAUUUACUGCUAAAAUUAUCUUGAGUUUGGGAUUUAUGCCAUGGGCUCCGCUCCCUUCCCCGGUAAUGAUAAAACAUUACUGGCCCCAAGGAAAACGUUCACAGGAUUGGUAAGCGUGGCAAAUGAAGGGAGACCGCUGUGUAUGUGUGGGAGGGAGGAAGAACCGAUGUUGCGAUAUUUUGUUGUGACGUAACCCGUAAAGGGGAAUGUACAUUACUGUUGAAGAAGACUGAAAUGCGCCCACCAAACGGUCUUCUGCUACCUCCCAGUUCAGAGGCACCUUAAGACCGAGAGUCAUUCGAUCCGCUUGUGGGCUCAUAGCUCACAACCGGGUAAAUUCCUUUGUAAACUAUUCAUAUUUCAUAUAAUGGAGGAUAAAUAGAUUUCCUCAGGAAUAAACACAAGAGAAACUUUUCAGGGUUCCAUCCGUUCCCUAGGCUGUCAGACGAAACGUUUCGAACAUUCCUUAGGAAUUUCGCACAAUCCUACGUGGCGUUCUUUUAAUAUAAGAAUCAUCUUCCUACCCCAGUAAACAAUGAUCCGAGUAAAUGUUUUCUGAAGUAAUUUUACGUGCUGUGGGCCAAACCGUAUCAGAAAGUGCUUCAUUUCCUUAAAGGAAUGAAGGGUCCUCUGACUCGUGAGCAGUCCAUAUAUUAACUGUAUAUGUCCGAAUAUAAAUGCAUCGGCCGAUCACAGUGGCUCCACGGUGUGGGGCAUUAGCUGGUUUCGCUCUCUCGAACAAUGGGACCA